GGCGCACGGAAGCGCUUUGGAGGCACCGCAAGAAGAGCACGACGAGGAAUAAGAAGGAGACAAAGAAGAAGAAUUCAAAGACAAGAAGGCUUCGGAGGUCUGGAUUUGAAAAAUGACAAUUCCUUUUCGUGACUCAUCCCCGGACCCUGAACGCAACAGUUUGGGUGGACAUUUUGGCGCGGCGGACGUCGGGGAGUUUUUACGCAGCGCGCCGGCCGAGGAGGACGUCACGUUUGCGGCUCGUGGAGCGUCUCAACGCCGAAACCGACGCGGAUCUCGUGUGGGGACCACGCCGCCCGGCUUUGGGGACUUCGCACAUUGAAACAAGAAGAACGAGAAAAGAAGGGGGAGGCUUUUGUUUGGGAGCGCGCACGAGAUGGAGUCGUAAAAAAAAAAAAAAAAAAGUGCAGCUUUGGGACAAGAAAGGCAACAAAAUAAAGAGUGGACUUUGCACGCAUGCUGACAAAGUGUGGUGCAGCUUUCACGGGGCAACAUGGAUUUACUAACGGCAGUCUAAUUUGAAGGUUGAAGUAUGACGGCGGCAGCGGGCGUGCUGACGGGCUUGGCCAAGCUAAAGCGGCAGGAUUCGGCGCGCUCUCAGCACCGGCCCGUGCCGGCUUCGUCUCCGGGCCCGGCCUGCGCCGCCCAGGAGGGAGCUCCGAGAAAACGAAAGCGGCGCACUGACGUGGUGGUGGUGCGCGGCCGUUUGCGCCUCUACUCGGCCUCGGGGUUCUUCCUCCUCCUGGGCCUGCUCAUCCUGGCUGCAGGGAUCGCGAUGGCCACCCUGGGCUACUGGCCGCAAUCCUCAGGCCAAAGCCCGCCUGGUGGAGGAGGAUCCAAGGCGGCGGCGGCGGCGGCGGAGGAGAGGGCCUCGAAGAACGCCAGUACAAGUAAAAAGGUCGAAGAUCGACCCUCCGGGCGGCCAGCGGGGGGCGCUCUGAAACGGUUCCUGGAGCGGCAUCGGCACUCCGAGAGGAUGAAGAUGGUCGGGCCCUUCACCAUGGGCAUCGGGAUUUUCAUCUUCAUCUGCGCAAACGCCAUUCUUCAUGAGAAUAGAGACAGAGAAACAAAGAUCAUCCACAUGCGAGACAUGUACUCCACGGUCAUCGACAUCCACCGCCUCCGCCAGAAGGAGCAGAAGCAUCACCCGGAGCACAACUAUCCGAUCCGAGGCCUCGUCGCCGUCUCCCCUCGGGCCGGCGGGGCGCGCGGCGCGUCCGCCGAGGAGGAGGCGCUGCUGGGGGACGAGGAAGCUCGCGGGCGGCGGGAGCGGGCCGGGUCGGCGUGCAGCUUCGCGGGGCUGCUGGCGCCGCUGUACAAGGACCGGGCGCCGUCCGAGGCGGCGGACGCCGAGACGGGAGGGCACCGUGCGCGCUGCAUCGUGUCGUCUUCCAUCUCGGCGUUCACGCUGCCCGUCAUCAAACUCAACAACUGCGUCAUCGACGAGCCGGAGAUGGAGGCCAUCACGGAGGAGGGGAGAGGACACGGGAGGGAUGACGAGAGUUCGCGACCCCCUGCGCCACGGCGUCCCUGGCGGCUUCCGGUGCCGUCCGUCGCCAAGGCCUCCAAACCGCCGCGUUUGCAGCGGAGCGACUCCGCCUCCUCGUCCUCGUCUUCGUCGAUGUCCUCUUCCUCCCUGGCGCUGUCCUCGACCUCAGGCUGCUGGCUUUCGCCCGGCGCGGCCCGACCCGACUUUGACUCCAACUCCGCCCUGCACGUGCUGGGCAGCCACUCCAAAUCUCUGGACCUGGAGCGCCAGGCCAGCAUGCUCAGCCUGCACCGCGAACAGCGCAAGCACCCCAGCUGGCCCCGCCUGGACCGCGGCGACAGUAGCCGCAGCCUCAAGGGCUACACUCGGCUGGAGGACCGGGGGGACGAGCGGCAGGGCGGCGCGGAGGCCGAGCCGCAGACGCGUCUGCAGCCGGCCGCCGUCGUCAGGCUGGACUACAGCAAGCGGGACAAGCUGCUCAUGAUAUCCCGCUCGCACAACAAUCUCAGCUUUGAGCACGACGACUUGAGCGGCGGGACCCUGAAGCGGGGCAGCUCCGAGACUCGCUUCUGACAUGUCUGGGGCGCGUACCGUGCACUCUGGGGCAAACAUUUUGAACGGACGGCUCCCGGGUCAACUUCACCACUGACGCGGCUUUCUACCAGGAAGGCGUGCGCUUAUGCGCAGCCGAUGCGGGUUCCCGCAUUAACAUGAUUAGAAGCGUGCGAGGGAGGGCAGCAACAAAUGGGCUCUCAAGUGUCUAGCGUUCCAACCUGGUCGCACCUCUGACGCUCGGCUGCACCGAUAACGACGCCGGUACUCGUAAAAGUGUCCUGCUCACGCUCGAGACUCGGCGGCCACGCCCCGAUUACGUCAAAAGCAGUUUUCGCCGUCGGGCCGACGUCACGUAUUCAAUUACUUGAAUGUAUGAAACUGCAGCGGCUGUGUAAAUGUACAUAAAUGAAUUUACAUAAACCCGA